GCCAGUUAGUAAAAACAAUUUUUAUAUCCGAACCUCUCGAACGUACUGGUCUAGCCCGAGCCUAACUCCAGGUUUAUAUAUGGCAAAUAAGCCGCAGCCGAGCGCAGCUGAGAGCGAGAGAGAGGGAGAGUAGAUUUAGGGUUUAUUUGGGUGAGCGUCCUGUGCUCUGAGACUAAGGUAGGGAAGAUACUAGAUUCAUCAUGGGGCGCAUGCACAGCAGAGGUAAGGGUAUUUCUUCAUCGGCGCUGCCGUACAAGAGGACCCCUCCCAGUUGGCUCAAGAUCUCUUCUCCAGAGGUAGAAGAAAAUAUUUGCAAGUUUGCAAAGAAGGGUUUAACGCCUUCUCAAAUAGGCGUUAUUCUUCGUGAUUCCCAUGGAAUUGCACAGGUUAAAAGUGUUACUGGAAAUAAGAUCUUACGGAUUCUGAAGGCUCAUGGUCUUGCUCCGGAGAUCCCAGAGGAUUUGUACCAUCUCAUCAAGAAAGCGGUGGCCAUCAGGAAACACCUUGAGAGAAACCGAAAAGAUAAGGACUCCAAAUUCAGGUUAAUUUUGGUUGAGAGCAGGAUUCAUCGCUUGGCUCGAUACUACAAGAGGACUAAGAAACUUCCACCUGUGUGGAAAUAUGAAUCAACGACUGCCAGCACCCUCGUGGCUUAGAGCAGUUUUGCUUGGAGUCAUAUAAUUUUGGGAAUCUUGGGUUUGCUGAGGUCUUGUGGGUAUUACGCUUAUGCAAUCUUUGGAAAAAAUCAGCUUGGUUACAGUGCAGUCCAAUUUUAGUGUAUUGGUUUAAUACUUGUGUCCAGAGGAUUCUUUGGAUGAUGUUCGGAUCCUAAACUAUGGGUUAUUUAGGCCUUUUUUGAACUUAGCUGAUCCUUGUUUGAGUGUUGAAUCUAGAAUGUACUGCUUUUAUUGGUGGAUUUAAAUUUCACCCAAAGAUUUUCCUUAUCUAGAUAUAAUUGCCUGCC